AUGAAUAUCUUCACUUUGCUCGUCUUCUUGGCCAUUCUUCAUCUGGUUUGGAGUUGUCCUGACUUUUGUACAUGUAGGGGUAAGAGUUUCUUCUACAAGUUCUUAUCUUAAAUUUUUAAAAUAGUAAAAAUUUUUAUUUUCAGAAGAGCGUUCAAUUAAAUGUCAGAACCUUAACACAAUACAAUUCAAAUCAGUCAACGAUUACUUUAAAAGCCAUAACUCAAGCAGAUUAAUCAACCUCAGCCUUAUAAAUUGUAGCAUCUUUGACGUGAAUUCGAUUCCUCCUCAUGUUUUCAACGGGUUACUGUACUUAGACUUGUCCUACAACCAUUUAAAUGACUUUAAUUUUAAUUCCAAUAACCUAAUGCCCCUUUUGGUGAUUCUCAAAUUGACUGGCAACCAUUUAAUUGUAAGUUAAAUUAUUUGUAUUUCUAUUUACAGAGUGUCCAAAGAUCUUUUUUUGCGUCCGUUCCUAACAUCGAGGAGAUUUAUUUGAAUUACAAUUCAAUCUUUGUCAUCGAUUGGGAAGCCUUUAGACUGUAUAAAUUGAAGAAGUUAUUUCUGGAUCACAAUCAUUUACUGGUAAGAUUUAUUUGCCUCAAAGUAGUAGUAUAUACAGGCCAUCAACGAGCACAUCCUCCGCUUUAUUCCCAAUCUCGAGACUCUCGACUUGUCGUUCAAUCAACUGGUCUCUGUCCAAAGCUCCAGCUUCUUUGCUGCCAGAAAGUUGUCAACCUUGGACUUGAGUCACAAUCGUCUUCAGCGGAUUGAUUACGAUUCUUUUGUGCCUUUACAUCAGCUGCAACAAUUGGAUUUAUCUUCCAAUAAUCUGAGUGUUGUUCCGUCUGGAUUGGGUCAAUUCAUGGGGUUAAGAUCUCUCAAUUUCAGUGAAAAUCCCCUCACAAUUAUUCAUUCUGGUGAUUUCAGUUUGCCCAUGCUUCAGGUAAUUUAUUUUGAUUCUCUACAUACCUACAUAUUGCAAUUUCAGGUGCUAUCCAUCACAGAUUGCCCGUUUUUAAAGUUGAUCGAGGUGAAUUCGUUUUUGGAAAUGCCCAAUCUCCAGACUCUGAUCAUUCGGAAUAACCCUCUUUUAUCUUACGUUUCACCUCGCGCAUUGGUUAAUUCAACCUCAAUUUUUGAGUAAGGAGUUUUGUAUCAUCAUUUAUUUUUGCGUGAGUAAUAAGACGUGUGCUUGUAGAUUGGACUUGCGCAACAAUUCCCUGCAUUCUAUCUUCUUCCCCGACAUAACCCCCUCCAAAAUUUGGUUAUCCGGUAAUCCCCUGGACUGCGAAUGUAUGUUUUCCAAUUUGGAAACAUUGGACGAACGACUCCGCGAUAAACAAGAUCUAAAAUGUAUUACCGGCACUGGUAAGAGUUGUCCGACGCAAAGUCUGACUCCUCUGGGAGACCAAUUGGAGGCGGUUGUGGGUCAACAGAUAGCUAUAUAUUGUCAGGGAAGGAUGGAGAACGACCGGAUAUCCUGGAGUUACAACCAGUAUCCUCGAAAUCCGGUGGACGGACAUCAUUUGAGAGCUCUGCAUGCAUUAAGUAUGCAGCCAAUAGAUCAAUUAGAGACUGCUCAUAAUGACAGAACCAGGCAGAUCAAAGGGGAACAACUAGUCAUCGAAGCAGUCAUCCAAGAAGACGAACAAGAUUACAUUUGUAAAUUGGAGAGGGAGAACAGGACCGUCAGUGAGAAGAAAAUCCAUCUGACUGUCCACAAACCCAAUAUAAAAUUAUUCCCGAUCGAUGUGGGAUCCCAUUAUGUUGCCUUAGGCUGGAAUUCGUCGUUGAAUAUAAAAUGGACAGUCAAUAUUCGUUUAAUGCUGGCUGUCAAAGACAAUAAUAACAGUACUCUGCGGGUAAUCCAGCUAAAUGUGCUGAAUCCAUGGUAUGGCUACAAUGUUAUUCGAUUACGACCUGAACAGGUACUGAUUUUAAUUACUGUGUUUGACUAACAGAUCAGAAUAAUAACUAGACUUACUUUCAGAAUUACACCUUUUGCCUCUUCUACGAGUUUAUCUACAAUUACCCAGGAGUCAUUUACGAGACUUGCACGAAAGUUCGGACCCUCCCAAGCAUAAAUUUCUGGAGUUCUCUCCAUCCUUCUACCAUCAUAAUCAUCACGGGGAUCUCCUUCACCCUGUUCAUUAUGUUGUGUUUCCGCGGAUUUUAUAUUAGGUUUUACAUCUGGCAUCAGACAAAACAGAGGGCAAGAAUGAAUCAGAGUAUCAGUGGACAGAGUUUCCUCUCCCAUUCUGUCUCCAGAAGUGAAACAACCAUCAUGGACCGAUCUCUUCAUAUUGAAAACAGUAAUGCGGUAUGUCAUAUUACUCACAACUCAAAGUAUUUUUAUUUUAGAUGCGAAUGUCGAGGAUAGAAUCAUCUCACACGGAAGAUACGGAAGUCUCUUUAUUAGAUAGUGCUUAA